AGAGUACAAAGAUAAAAAUUCAGAGAUUGGAAAGUGGCUUAAAAUGUUUUUCGGAUUACCGUAUUUACCGGAAAAUUUUGUUUCCGAUGCUUUUGAUGACAUUUUAUCUGAAGCUCCAAAACAUAAAAAGUGCACGGAGUUUGCUAAUUAUGUACUUGAAAAUUAUAUUGACACUGAACAAUUUCCUCCUUCAAUGUGGGCUGAAGAACCUAAUGGUACAAAAAGAACAACUAACGGUGCUGAAUCAUACCACAGUCAACUUCGGUUUGAAUUUUAUAUGCCACAUCCAUCUGUUUUCCAAGUUGUACGUUUUUAUGUUUUUAGAUUGAUGUUUUAA